CAACGUCAGCAAGCAAUUGCUUUAGCCACGAACUCCUCGUAGGAUUCAAUGUAGCCGAUAAUGGUGGGUUUCCAGUUCCACGAUGACGACGACCUUUCGGUAUUGAUCAAGCUGCGUGACAUCUGAGAGCAUCUUCUCCAGUCCGCUCACUCCAACCAUCCUCCGGGCUCCCCAGCUACCUGCCAGUUGGAAGUUUGUCAUGGGCGGCUACCCUUCAGAGGAUAUCUUGAAGGACUUCUACAUACCGGAUUACGUCCUAGCACGCCGAUUGGAAGAGGUCGGGGAUGUUUCCCAUGUGCCGGCUUGUCCGGUCGUAGUGUUCGUAAACUCCAACAGUGGUGGUCGGCGAGGUGGAGAUCUUAUUGUUACCUAUAGGACUCUCCUUAACAAAAAUCAGGUUUUUGAUUUGGGAGAGACAGCUCCUGGAGAGGUGCUACAACAGCUUUAUGAAAAUCUAGAAAUUCUGAAACAGGAUGGUGAUCCUUUGGCCAGUGAAAUCCAGAAAAGACUGAAGCUAAUUGUUGCAGGUGGGGACGGCACCGCUAACUGGCUUCUUGGGGUAGUUUCUGAUCUCAAAUUACCUCAACCACCUCCAGUUGCUACUGUGCCUCUUGGAACCGGAAAUAACCUUCCAUUUUCGUUUGGCUGGGGAAAGAAAAAUCCUGGGGUAGAUAGGCGAUCUGUGAUGUCAUUCCUAAGUCAAGUGAAGACUGCAAAAGAGAUGAAAAUAGAUGGUUGGCAUUUGGUCAUGCAAAUGAGGGCUCUUAAGGAAGGUUCAUGUGAUCCAAUCGAACCAAGUGGACAAACCAAUUCAUUGAAUGCAUUCCAACAGGAUGGGUUUCACACAUUUCGUGGAAGAUUUUGGAACUACUUUAGCACGGGAAUGGAUGCGCAAGUGUCAUAUGCAUUUCACUCAGACCGGAAGUUACACCCGGAGAAGUUUAAGAACCAGUUAGUUAAUCAAAGCAAUUAUUUUAAGCUUGGAUGUACUCAAGGAUGGUUUUGCACAUCUUGUUUUCAUCCUUCUUCACGGAACAUAGCUCAGCUGGUGAAUGUCAGAAUAAUGAGAAGACAAGGCCAAUGGGAGGAUCUUUAUGUACCUCGCAGGUUAUUCCUUUCUACCUACCUGUGGCAUGGAAGUUUGUGCAUGCCCAUAAUGCACUUCACGUGCGCUUUUAUGAGCUUGUACUCAUUUUUCAUAUCCGUUCCAUUGUGUGCCUCAACUUGCCCAGCUUUUCUGGUGGACUCAAUCCUUGGGGAAAGCCAGACCCUAAGAAAUCACAUGAGAGAUGCUUGGCAUGGACUAAUAUUACUACUCCCAGAAGGACAUGGGACUCACCUUGCACAGACAAGUGGAGUUCGUUUCGAGUUCAAAAAAGGAGCAGCAGAUCACACCUACAUGAGAAUUGAUGGGGAACCCUGGAGACAACCAUUGCCAGUUGACGAUGGAAGUGUCACUGUGGAGAUUUCCCAUGCGGGUCAAGUGAAAAUGCUCGCCCCUCGAUUUUGCCGGUCUAAAAGUCUACAUGAACCUUCUUCACCCAUUAGUUAGCAGAAUGCAGGAGGCAAUAUGAUUGAGGAAAUGCUCAUGAAAGUGGGAAAAGAAGAGAAGGUAUAAUGCCGAUAGAGUUUACAUUAUUGCUGGUAAGAUAUUUGAUGUGCUUGAGCCUCUAGAAUAACAAAGGGAAUUGAUGCAUUGGAGACUGUUCUGUCUAGCUUAAUCCUGUCCAGUGGAGGAAGUGUUACGGCAGAACCUGCCACUAGAUUAGAUUCUCACCUACUCUUGUCAAAGGCAAUGCAGGGGCAUGAACUGUAAUGCGAUGCUGAAUCACGGGAUAUCGAACAGACUUGAUAUUCUUGCAAGUAUGGUAAAGAGAAAGGUCAGUGCACUGAAAGUUUUACCA